UUCCGGGUCAAUGCAGGACACUGGGCUCCGGAGGCCGGAGUGGGGGACGAGGUGAAGCGAAGCCGGGCCGGGGCCGGCCGGGACCAGGCCCGAGGCUGAGCGGCGACGACGGCGGUGGCCGGGAGGGGGGAGGAGAGGCGCAGCCGCAGCAGCUCCCCCGCCUCCCGGGCUGAGGGCAUUUUAAGAAAGAAAGAUGGAUCAACCUAGUGGAAGAAGUUUUAUGCAAGUGUUAUGUGAAAAGUAUAGUCCUGAAAAUUUUCCUUACCGCCGUGGUCCUGGGAUGGGAGUCCAUGUCCCAGCCACACCUCAGGGCUCUCCUAUGAAAGAUCGCCUCAACCUCCCAAGUGUACUGGUGUUGAACGGCUGUGGAAUAACCUGUGCAGGAGAUGAAAAAGAAAUUGCUGCCUUCUGCGCUCAUGUGUCGGAACUAGAUCUUUCUGACAACAAACUUGAAGACUGGCAUGAGGUCAGUAAAAUUGUGUCAAAUGUUCCCCAGUUGGAGUUUCUAAACCUGAGUUCCAAUCCUCUGAAUUUGUCGGUUUUAGAAAGAACAUGUGCUGGGUCCUUCUCUGGGGUUCGCAAACUUGUCCUCAACAACAGCAAAGCUUCUUGGGAGACAGUCCACACGAUACUGCAGGAGUUGCCAGAUUUGGAGGAGCUCUUCCUGUGCCUUAAUGACUAUGAAACAGUGUCUUGUCCUUCUAUUUGCUGUCAUUCUCUUAAGCUACUACAUAUAACAGAUAAUAACCUCCAAGACUGGACUGAAAUACGAAAGUUAGGAGUUAUGUUUCCUUCACUGGAUACCCUCGUCCUGGCCAACAAUCAUCUGAAUGCUAUUGAGGAGCCUGGUGAUUCAUUAGCCAGGUUGUUUCCAAAUCUUCGAUCCAUCAGCCUCCACAAGUCAGGUUUGCAGUCCUGGGAAGACAUUGAUAAACUAAAUUCAUUUCCCAAGCUUGAAGAAGUGAGAUUGUUGGGAAUUCCUCUUCUGCAGCCAUAUACCACUGAGGAGCGAAGGAAAUUGGUAGUAGCCAGGUUGCCAUCAGUUUCCAAACUUAAUGGCAGUGUUGUUACUGAUGGUGAACGAGAAGAUUCAGAGAGAUUUUUUAUUCGUUACUAUGUGGAUGUUCCACAGGAAGAAGUGCCAUUCAGGUAUCAUGAACUGAUCACAAAAUACGGGAAGUUGGAGCCUUUGGCAGAAGUGGACCUAAGACCCCAGAGCAGUGCGAAAGUAGAAGUCCACUUUAACGAUCAGGUGGAAGAGAUGAGCAUUCGUCUGGACCAAACAGUUGCAGAACUAAAGAAACAAUUAAAAGCUCUAGUGCAAUUACCAACAAGCAACAUGCUUCUCUACUAUUUUGACCACGAAGCCCCCUUUGGCCCAGAGGAAAUGAAAUACAGCUCUCGGGCACUGCAUUCCUUUGGCAUUAGGGAUGGAGAUAAAAUUUAUGUGGAAUCCAAAACAAAAUAACCUCGACCAGCCUUGUGAAAAUGUACACAUAGGACUUCUUGCAGGGCGUUAUGUUUCCAAUGUGGUUUUCUUUAGGAGGGAGAGGGUUGUUUUUUGUUUUGUUUUGUUUAGGUUUGGGAGGGGUUUUGUAUAUUUUUUCCACUAGAAUGGGUAGGGGGCCGUUUUUGGUAUUUUCUACCACAGAUUUUUCCGGCUCAGCCAGCAGAAUUGGCCACAUCUCCAGACUGUGUGCCCUCUCUAAGGAAGGAUGACAGAGAAAUCACCGACUUUUUACUGUGUUCACUGGGAUUUGCCUGCCAUUUGGUCAUCAUUACUGUUCGGUGUACUUGGGAAACUAGCAUGAACAGUGCUGCCCCUCAGAAGGGUAUCUAAUAGUACUUAAAUCAGGAAACAAGGAAUCUUCACGGGAAGAGCCAGGGCUUCUCUCCUGGUUCUUCUUCUCCCCACCCUCCCUCCUUUCCUCUUUUCCUUUUGACUUUGACAGUGUAUGUUUACCAGUAGUUUCAUUCUGUUCAUAAUUUCUUAUUUCUCAACUUGGGUGAUUUUUUUGUUCUCAUUUCUCCCUUUUGAAAUAAUUUAAAGUGUUUUAAACAUGUUCAACCUGACUCUAAUCUCAGGUACUUAGUAAGAACCUUUAACUCUGUUAGAAUCUUGAAGAGGAGUAGAUGGAGAGUUAAAACUCCAGAAAACUUGCUGUUAUUCUGGAAGCACAGGCAGAGCAGUCUGAUCUCUUUAUGUUGCUAACUCACUGUUAAUGUCCCUUAUACAUUAUCUCAGCCAUUACUUUCACAACAUGAAAUAUGUCAGAUUCUAUAGUACUUUUAUUUUUGCUUAUUGAAUGUAUUUUCUUGUAUCUUUCUUUUUCAUUACUUUAAACUAUUGGGAAUAGACGCCUGACUUUAUAAACAGUCCAGUAGAGUACUGGAUAUGUGUGCUAGGAGAGCUAAGACUUAGCUAAAAAACUAUCAGUGGUGUGCAUGAGGAAAUGAAGUGGGGAGUUGGGGAAGGAGCUUUGAGACUUUCCUGCCUGUGUCAUCUACUUGAAGCCCUUGCCCUUUGCGUUAAAAGUGGGAAAUUUGGUUUCCCAGGUUUUCCCAGGUUUUGUGAUGCAUAAUUGAACAAUUCUUUUUGUUUUACAUUUCAGUUUAGUUGCCCCUAAACAACUAUGCCUAAUCUAUGAGUAAAAUGUCAAAACUUCAGAAUUGCCUCCAAGUCAUAUUUUUUGCAAAAGCACUAAAAUUUAAAGCGCUUUUUUAAAAAGUUAAUUCCUUACCUACUCAGAAAUCUUUGUUUGUUCUUCUACUUCUUUGUUAAUCAGAUAUAAUUCCUUUCUUGGUCCACCAUGUUUACAGAUGAGAGACUAGAAAAAUACUUGGCAUAACUGGGGCAGAAGGUGUGCAGGUGAAGUAUUUGUCAAAGAAUGCAAUCAUUAUCUGAUGACAUAUGACCUUUUGACCUUUGUUACAUGAUUCCACCCCUCCUACAAAUUUAAUUUUUUAUGAAAUUUUUAGAUUACUCUUGUAAAUUCUUCAUGUAUAGGGAGUUGUGUUUAUUAUGGCUACUUUUUAAAUUUUCCUAUGCCAUCUGGCAGAUGUUUAUUCUCUUAAUGCACUUCAGGUUCAGUAUCUGUCCAGCCUUUGACCCAGGGCUACUGAAUCAAAUCUACAUUCAGUGUAACAUUAAAGGUGGAAACCAAAGGGUUUGAGAAAGAUGAAUGAGGCCUAUUCUCCUCCUGCAGACUUCAUCUUUCACAAUCAUAAAAAUGAGCAACGGAGAUCCAGGCUGGGUAUAGACAAGAAUAAUUUUUGUUGCAAACACAUUUUCCUGACAGAUUUUUGGAAGUAGAGAAAAAGUGUGGCAAGUGUCAUGAAAAUUAAAACUAUGGGUGCUUUGUGUGCGUACGCAUGAGUGCAGACGAGUUUGAGAGAGAAACAGUGUAAUUGAGCCCGUUGCUUUUGUCAGCCUGGGAAACAGAUGCACUCUUAUUUUUUGAAGUUGUAUGACCCUGGACUAUCCCACAGCAGAAGGCAGAACAAACACUUAUGUUAUGCUUUAAUCAUAAGUGGAAUGGUCACAAUUAAUAAGAUAUUUUAUAUAUGACAGAGUUUUAUGAAAUGCUUUUUUACUAUUAGAGACCUGUUUUCUUCUGUUAUUACAGAACAGUGUUUAUCAACUGCAGGCAUAGUUCUUUUAUUAUACAGUUGCAUGUAAAGGGAACUUCUCAUUUAAUUCAGCAGAUGUGGAUAUUUUUAGGGCAUUGUAACUAAUGGUUUUAAUAAUUGCUAAAUAAUUUUUGAUUAAGAAAAAAUCUAAUAAACUUUCUGGUCUUUUAGAGUUACAAAGCAAAAGUAAAUGAAAAAAAGCUAUUUGAGCUUGUAUACAGACUUAUUUGGGUGGCAGAGUAAAGAUGCUGCUUUUGAAAUAAAAUUGGUGCUGUGUAGACACUUGUAACCAAAAUUAUUUUUAUAACAGGUUGAAAGGAAGGAGAGAACAGACCAUGGACCUUUGAGUCUACAAGUUAUCCAUAAUUGACUGUCUGCAGCUUAUCUGUAUUUUGAUAUUGACUUGUCCAGAUUCAGCAAAAGCAUUUCCUUGGCAUUUAUGAGACAAAAUACUGUCAUAGUCAGUAUUAUUAAUAUGUUGCUACAGGCGCAGUGUAUAGAGCAUAUCUUUUCUAAAAUAGAAAUUCUUUCCAGUUAUGAAAAAGGAAAGGAAUAAUAAAAGAAAGCCAAAUCAAAACCAAGGGAUUCUUUCUACAUGUGGGCGCAUAGCUGCUGAAGCCACAGUAGAAAUCAGAUUUUUGAAUUGGAAUUGUUAAAAUAUACCAGAUUACUUUCAAGAAAAAAAAGUCCAGAGUCAUAUGUCUUUUUUUAUUAUUAAACGUUUUUGUUGUUUCUGUGACCUGUUGUCACUAUUGCUGUCGGUACAUAAGAAAGCAGCAGAUGGUGUAAGCACCUUGUUUUGUAAGACCUUUGGUGAAAGUUUAGCCCAAAGCAUAACCUGAGCUAUGUGUAACAGGGCUGAAUACUACAAUGCUAUGCUAUGCUUUUAAAAUUUUGUUUACUGUUAAAAAAAAAUAAAUUCUAACCAGAUGUUUCAGCUAUGUUGCUAACCCAACAGUGAUAGGAGCAGGGAAUGCUUGUUGCACUGAGAGCUGAUCACCAUUUGAAACACACUGCUGAUAGCUUUUACCAAUGCACAUGUGAGUGUGGCUUGCUAUUUGAGAAAUGCUAGGCUCCAGGGCAUGUAAAACAUGCAUACAGAAUACUAGGUUGUUCUAGGUAAUGUCAUUUCUGUUUAUGAAUUUGGUUUUUCCCUUCAUUUCAUGUUAGGAUUGAAAAUGCAAACAAACUGCUUUCAAGAACACCCAGAAGCUAUCUGUGUUACCAGAUGUGUUGUGAACACUUUACUAUUUUUCAUAGGUGCUUCCUAAAAAUAUAUGUCCAUUGUAGUGAUGGAGAGGGACUGGACUCUCUCAGGCUCUUUACUUGCCAGUUGUCUCCUGCAGUUAAUGGAAAUAUAUAUAUUUUAUUUUAGAAUAUAAUUUAAACAUGAAGGUCUAUUCUUUGCACUUUUUAUUAAUAUAUAUAGAUAAUCUUUAAAAAAAAUUAAAAAUCAAAGUCCAUUU